UGUUGAAGAUGCAAGCACGUCAGAACGCUGAGCGCUAUAAUAUCAAGUAGGGGACGUCGCUCGCUCGCGAAUAUCUUUUGCAAAACGACUAGCUAGUAUGGGAUUGUUAGCAAGAGUGUAGCAUCAAAUACGGACGAAAAUUAUAACGAUUUUACUCCUUAUAUGAUAGUUAUGAAGACCGUAUACUUAUAGAUACGGUUAUAAUUUAUUGUAAGGUCACUGCUGAACACCGAACACUGCGCUGCUUUGCCCAGCAAGUGCUCAUAGUAAGGCAGGGGAUUGGAGACCUCAUCAUUUCCGAGUUUUCACAGCGGCACAGUGUGUUGGGUGGGACCCUGAGCUGUAAACUCAUCAGAUUGUGGCCUGCAGACGACCAGGGGGUUGUGGGAGAAGACGGGAGAGAAUCGUCCGUCGCAACACCAGUCUCACUGGACUGGAGGGAAUGCCUGAGAGAUGUGAAUCUAUGAGUUACUGCAGCGCUACUGCCGCCUCUCACAGGGAACCUAGGAACCACCACCACCCAACCUGCUGCAGUCAGCCUGGAGGGUUGCAGCCAUGCAUCUCAAGCAACACCCCAAACUGCAGAAAGAGAUCUACCUGGAGUCCAAUCAAGACAGCCAGAGAGGCCUUCAUGUGAGCCAGCACGGGGUCCUUUCACAGAGGACAGUGUGGGGGGUCCGCCCAGCAGUGGCCCUGAUUGGUCCGAUAAGCAACGGGCUAGACCAGGGUACUGCCUGCUACCCCCUCAGUGUCAUAUCCACCAACACCCUGCAGUGCUGCAGUAAUGACAACAGUGGCUCCAACCACCUCAACAACAGUAAUAAUAACCACGGUGACAGUGGACUGCAGACCUCGAGGCUGAGUGAGUCCGAGGGGGAUGUAUUCUGCAGUAGUGCCACCUGGGCCCAGAGUAAAACCUCCAAGACCACCUCCUGCAACACACCCCCCUCCCUGCUACUCUCCACCUGCACCACCUCUUCUACAGGCUCUGAGAACCAGGAGGCCUCCUUAAUCUCUCAUGAAGGGGAGGACAGAGAGGGACUGUUGGAAAUCUGGGCUGUCAUCAAGCCUGGCAACACCAAGGAGAAGAUCGCCAUCUUCGCCUCGCCCCAGUGCCGUGGAAGCCUGGUGAACUGUGGCGAUGGAGAGGCCGGUGAGGACUUGGUGAGUAGCAGCCAGGUGAGGACCGUGUCUGUGAAGAUGAAGAGCUGCUGGGAGGACGAGGGUGGCUCUGUGGCCAAGCGCAGGAGGAGGUCAGGGUCUCAGGGGCACCACCGGGACCGAGAUAGACAGUCAUCCGGAGCCCUGGAGACACUGAGCCCCACUGAGAACAGCCCUGUAGAGGUGACCCUCUGCCUCAGAGAGAGCCCCAGAGUGCCUGAGUGUGGGGAGGUGGUUGUACGGGUGGAUGGGGAGCAGGUGUGUAGGGUAGAGGGUGAGGAGGUGAGUGAGACUGGGACUGACAAGGCUCUCUCUGUGGUGGAGUUGGUGGCCUUCUUGGAGCAGAGAGCCAGCGACAAGCAGGUGGACUCUAAGCCUGUGUCUCUGCGGAGCUCCACAAGCAUUACCUUAACCAGGGGGCUGUCACUGACCCUGGAGCCUAAGCAGCCCAGACCCCCAGACCAGAACCCCCAGGGGACCGAUGAGGCAGAAUGUGUAAAGGUGUCAGACAUGGUGGCCAAGCUGGAGUCAGAGUGCCUGAAGCACCAGAGUGUUAGAAGGGAAGGGUCCAGAUCUGGGGGAGAGCUCUCACGCAACAGCCUCACGCGCAACAACCUCUCACGCAACAACAGCCUCUCGCGCAACAACAGCCUGCGGAGGAGGGUGGGCCGGGUGCUGCUGGCAGGAGCAGAUGCCUUCUCCAUCUCAGCCCAGCCACCACCACCUCAGUCUCCCACUGGGCCCCACCAUGGACUAGAGGAGACGACCAGGGUGCCACACCGCCACAUUAGUCCCUCUGCUGGCUAUCCCUCUGCAAACACCAGCCACACGGACAAACUAGCUCCCAGCAGCUGCCGUGAAGCUGCUCAGUUGGCUUCCAGCACCUCUGACUCAGCCUCUCCGUCUCGCAGCAUGGACUUUGGGUGUGGCGCCUCUGUCGUCAGAGAGCCAGAGGAGAGCUGUGAGGCCCAGGGCCUGGGGCAGCAGAAGAAGAACAGGGCUGUAGAGUCUGGGCAGAACCUGCACUUCCAGCUCCUGUCAGAGCAGGCCAGGUCCAGCAGUACAGAGAGCAGUAGUAAACUACAGUGUGAGGAGCCCCUCCCAGGCAUGCUGUUCUUCUCACACACUCUGCCCUCACAGGUGGUACUUGAACACACACUCCCACACACAGUCAAUACUCCCACCCACACACACACACCCCAGGAAAUGAAAUCCAGCCCUAAACCCACCAGAGACUCAGCAGAACCCUCCAAGAUUCAGCCCUGUGACCCUUCUAUCACUUCUCUACUCCCUGAACCCAUAUUGCACAGUGAGAACUGGGCCAAAGAGGAGGACGAGGCGGUGAGUGAGGGAGAGGGGAGUGAUGUUAGCCGGUGUGAGACAGUGCCUUUCCCCCUGCGCCGCAUGGUGUCUCACGAGUUCCUGGAGAUGCGCUUUAAAAUCCAGCUGCUUCUGGAACCCCAGCAGUACAUGUCCUUCCUGCCUCAUCACAUCAUCAUCAAGAUCUUCUGCCUGCUGCCCACAGAGAGCCUGGCCGCGCUCAAGUGCACCUGCCACUAUUUCAAGUUCAUCAUCGAGAGCUACGGCGUGCGCCCCGCGGACUCCCGCUGGGUGUGCGACCCCCGCUACAAAGACGAUCCCUGCAAGCAGUGUAAAAAGCGGUACGGGCGCGGAGACGUGUCCCUCUGCCGCUGGCACCACAAGCCCUACUGCCAGGCGCUGCCCUACGGCCCUGGGUACUGGAUGUGUUGCCAUGGUUCCCACAAAGACACGCCCGGCUGCAACGUCGGUCUCCAUGACAACCGCUGGGUGCCCGCCUUCCAUAGUAUCAACAUGCCAAUCUAUAAGAAACCCAGGGAGGUCUCUGAGGAGUAGUGGUACAGACAAUGGGAGGAGAACUGACUUGACUUCUGUGCGCUUUAUUUUGUCUGAGGGCUGAUGUCUGUCUGUUGCCAUAUGUGCAUGUGCAUUUAUUUGUGGGGAGUUUGAGGGAAAUCAUGUUGCUGGAUCUCUUCCUUUACCACUUCCCCCUCCUGACCCCUAACCUCUGACCCCUCAGGUCCUCUGAGAUUGUGAGCACUUUAACCGUGGUCAGAAUUCUCAAUCCUCAAAGGAUUCUGUCAGGGUAUUCUAUUUACUUUUGGGUUGAAGAAUAAACUCUGGUUCUGAUAAGUGUGUGUUGAAGAGAAGAGCUUUAAUGAGUCUUUGUCUUCAGUGUUGAUGCUUAAUGUGUCCCUCCUUACCAUAGCUCUUUCCUUAUGCAUCAACUGACCGUUACAUUGGAAUAGAUACUUUAGUCAAGGUAAAGCCUAUCAAUGUUAUGCAGUGUAUCCCACCCACAAGUGAUUUACUCAGUGUGUGUUAUGUUGUUUAAGUGAAUACAUACAUGGCUGCAGGUCCUCGGUUUAUGCAAAAUGUGAAUCAACCCUAUUCCAUAUCCCGGAUGCUUCCCAAAUGGCACUUAAUUCCCUAUAUAAGGCACCCACAGGGCUCUGGUCAAAGGUAGUGCACUAUAUAGGGAAUAGGGCGCCAUUUGGGUAAUGGAAUCUAUAUCCCCACUCCACUAUAUCAGGCUCCGGGUCAGAGAGGCUUUGUUGUUUUUGGAUCUGAUUGAAACUAGUUUGUUCUGUGUCCGGUUGUGUUUACAUUGUACAUAGUGCUACAGAGUCCUAUAUCAAAAACAGGGAGAAUAAGUGUGACGAGCAGCAAGAGUAUCUAUGACUUGACUUGAAUGCAUUUAUUAGCUUCAGUUUGGUAAAAAGAAAAAGGUAUUUACCCUGUCAUGUGUAUAUUGCUGAAUGAUAUUGGGUGUUUUUUUUGCAGUGGGUCCCAGAUGUAUAACCCAGUCUGUAACCCAUAUGCUUAUUACAGCUCGCAUUUUUUUUUCUCUAACAUUUUUUUUUAUGUGUGUUGGAAUUGGCAUACACUUCCCUAUAUAAUGCACUACUUUUGACUAGGUCCCAUAAGGCUCUGGUCAAAAGUAGUGCGUUAUUAUAUAGGGAAAAAGAGUGCCAUUUGGGAUGAGUUUGUUAUUAAUAUCCCUCUUUUUAUAAUGCUAUAACUUCUUGAAGGGAAACAUGGGAAAUGUCACCUCAGUGUUUCUGUUCUUUACAAUGACUAACUGGACAUGAUCUAAAAGAAAAAGAAUCAGGCUUGAUGACAAAUGGGAAAAAUAAUGGUCUCUAAAAGUAGUUUGCUCCCAGAUAUAUAUUUUUUUAACUUUGUUGUAUAUUCCUGCUGUAUUCUCUGUAAAUGCAUUUUACUUCCAAUAAAGCGCAUUAAUUCGGAGGUUUUAACUGUCA